AUGCGAUCCUUCUCAGGGCUCGCAUGGGCCAUGCUGGCGGUCGCGGUUGACAGAGCCGCUGCAGCGUGCAAUACAUGGGAGAAGCAAAUCAAUCUGACAAUGUGCAAUUGGCAAGGACUGCGCGUCAACGUGCUCCACGAUACCGUAUUCUUGGACGGGGGUCUUCUUUGGUUGAUGAAGGGAUAUGAAGACGGGUGUGGAAGCCCAAUUAACGACGGAAAUUACCAAGGCUAUAUAUACUAUCUGAAUCUAUCAACACCAUUCAAUGCCAGUUCGGACUUCAUGACCGUUCUCAACAACAAAACGGUGGCGGGUGGUGUUGCCAGCAAUCUGGCGCCGAACUAUGUGGACGGCUUUAUGUUCUCCAAUGAUGAUGAAUUUUAUCUCUACGGUGGCAUGUUGCGCGCCACUAAUGUGACAGAUCCUCCAGCUGAUGACACGGUCCUUGGAUAUGAGGCUUAUCAAUAUGGCUCCGAUGCUUCCUUCUGGGCUCCCGGCUGGCACGCCGAAGAUCUUCCCUCGGGGAUGACAAGGUAUAUCACGAAUGGAGCAGGUGCAUCCGCCCCGAGCGAAAAUUUGGGCUUUUACUUCAGUGGGAUGCGCGCCCCGGACUGGGGCUCUUUUGACUAUAUAGGUUUGCAAUCCAACACCACGGCCAACACGCUGAUUAGCGUGGACAUGUCGGAAAUGGGGGACAGCAAGUGGGCCAACGACACCCUGCCGGACUACAUCUUAGGUCGAUCAAAAGCAGAGCUGGUUUGGGUCCCAGUCGCUGAAUCGGGAAUUCUGGUGGCGAUUGGAGGGGUUGUUGACCCCGUUGAAUUUUUUCGACGAACGAAAUUGGAUGACUCGCAGAUAGCGAACAGCAAGAAUAUCAGCCCUACCUUCAUGGAAACAGUCUCGGUGUACGACGUCAAGAGCCAGGCCUGGUACCUUCAGAACACCACCGGUGAUAUACCGCCGCAGCUGACGCAGUUUUGCUCGGUUCUGGCAAGCGCCUCGGAUGGCUCAUCACACAAUAUCUACAUCUACGGCGGGUACGAUGGCCUCGACUAUAACGGUAAUCCGUCCGACGACGUGUAUAUUCUUUCACUGCCGUCCUUUAAGUGGGUCAAGGCCUACAAAGGAACAAGUACCCACAGUCGGAGUGGUCACAGGUGCAUCAAGAUCUAUCCAGACCAAAUGCUUGUGUUCGGAGGGCAGCAUGUCGACACGUCCCAUUGUUUGGAAGACGGCGUCAUCGUCAACUUCAAUCUCAACAGCCUUAAAUUCCAAGAACAAUAUGAUCCUUCGCAGUGGGCAGAGUAUCAAGUCCCCAAAAUACUCACAGAUCAGAUAGGAGGAGACUCCUCGGGAGGAGCCACCAUCACUGCUCCAUCUUCGUGGACAAAUAGUUCUCUGGAAGGAGUUUUCGACAUUAAAUAUACAAAAACUAUCGCGACAUACUGGCCAUACGAUAGCACCAGCGCUGCAGAAUCAAAUACCAAGGGCCAUGGACUCGCCACGUGGGCCAAGGCGGUAAUCGGUGUGCUCUGUGGUGUGUUUGGACUUGCACUUAUCAUCGCCGGGAUUUGGUUUUAUCGUCGUCGUCGCCGUCAGCGCCAGGAGUCCAAAUCUCAAACAACGGAAGAUCCCGGGAAUAUGGAGGAGCGGAAAUUGAUGUACGCAGGCGGCCCAACCUCUCCAAGGCCUGGCCCGGUCUCCAACUCCACGGGCGCGGACACUGGUGUAACCCAUUCUACCGUCCAAGACUCGAUUGGGACCUCCGUUUCCCCUCGGACGGUUGAGUCUGGCGGAGAUGCCGUCUACGAAAUGCAUGCUUUCUACUUAGAUUCUUCGCCGGCCGAACUGCCAACGCAAUACAAUAUUACCUCAUCCACGCCGAAUACUUCGCCGCCACUCAGCCCCUUGCGGAGCCCAGACUCCCCGGUCUCCCUGCAGAGUAUUGCCGAAUCUGAUUCUGGUCAGCCAUAUCAGCCGGGGCAUUAUCGGAGUCCAUCCUCCCUUUCUAACGUGCCAUCCGUGUCUAUUGAUGAUGUGGUUACUGGCCGAACCUCCUAUUUCCAGGAAUCCUUUGAAAAUGGAAAUCUCCAAAGACCACGCCAUGGAUCUGAAAUCUCAGAAGCGAGUGCAAGCUCAGAUGACAGAGGACGAUUCAGCGGACACGAUACGAUACAUGAAUGA